AUGUCCCUGACUCCAUUGCUCCGUCUCCUUCUCCUGAGUGUGAUAGCAGCAACCUACUCAGAAAUGGUGACCUGUGAGGACGUCCAAAAGACCUGUCCUGUGAUUGCCUGUAGUUCUCCCGGCAUCAUCGGCUUGCCAGGCAGAGAUGGACGUGAUGGCAUCAAGGGAGAAAAGGGAGAACCAGGCCAAGGGCUCAGAGGCUUGCAGGGCCCUCCUGGAAAGUUGGGACCUGCAGGAAACCCAGGUCCCCCUGGGUCACCGGGACCAGUGGGCCAAAAAGGAGAACGUGGAGAGAGCUCAAAAUGUGAUAGUUGCCUGACUGAUUCAGAAGGAAAAUUCCUGCAAUCAGAAUUGGAUAGUGUCAAAAAGUGGCUGAUCUUCUCUCUGGGAAAACAAGUUGGGAAGAAGUUAUUCUUGACCAAUGGUGAAAAGAUGACCUUUGAUGGAGUAAAGGCUCUGUGUGCCCAAUUCCAGGCCUCUGUAGCCACCCCCAGGAAUGCUGAAGAAAACAUGGCCAUCCAGCAAGUGGUCAAGGAAGAGGCCUUCCUGGGCAUCACAGAUAAAAACAAAGAAGGCCUGUUUGUGGAUCUGACAGGAAGAAGUCUGACCUAUCAAAACUGGAACGACGGUGAGCCCAACGAUACUGGCUCUGCAGAAGAUUGUGUAACACUCCUAACAAGUGGCAGGUGGAAUGACAUCUCCUGCUCCUCCUCCUAUUUGGCAGUCUGCGAGUUCCCUAUCUGA